AUGGCUGGUGAUGAUGGUGCGCCACCACUACCACCACAGAAAAUCGAAAUUAAUAAUCCUUUCUACCUCGGUGCACAUGAUAGGUCGGGGGAUUUUAUCAUACCAAUUAGACUCAAACUUGAUAAUUUUGAUUCUUGGUCACAUGCCAUUAAAGUUGCUCUUUGUUCUUGUCGUAAAUUCGAUUUUCUUGAUGGCACGAUUACGGAUGUUGUGUCACUCGCAACAAAGGAGGAUUGGGUCGUGGUACAUUGUAUGCUCGUGUCAUGGCUCAUGAAUACAAUCGAUCCUGAGGUAAAAUCUAUGCUUUCAAAUUAUGAUAAUGCAAAACAGUUGUGGGAUGAUUUGCAUAAACGGUUUUGUGUUGUGAAUGGACCUCGGAUUCAUCAGUUGAAAUCUCAAAUUAAUAAAUGUGAGCAAACUAAAACCAUGUCUGUUGCGAUUUAUUUUGGAAAAUUAAAGGUUUUGUGGGAUGAACUUGCACAAUUACAACCUUUAAUUUCUUGUAAGUGUGGCAAAUGUACUUGUGAUGUUAGUAAGCAACACGUAAAGCAUCGUGAAGAUGAUAUGUUGCAACAAUUUUUACUUGGUUUGUAUUCCGAGUAUUAUACGCAAAUUAGGUCAAAUAUUCUUGCUCAAGACCCUUUGCCAUCAUUGAAUAAAGCCUAUCAACAAGUAUCUCAAGAAGAACUUGUACGUGGCUUUGCACGUGUCCAAGACGAACCCUCACUUCCCGUGGGGUUUGUUGUCCAUGCAACAGUGCUAAGCCUGCCUCGGACAAGCUUGUUUGUACUCAUUGCAAGAAGCCAGAUCAUUUGGCUUCAAACUGUUAUGCUUUACAAGUGUGUGCUCAUUGCAAAAAGCGAGGACAUGAUAUUACUCGCUACUUUGAAAUUGUUGGUUACCCUGAAGGAUGGACCACGGGGGAUCGAGGACGCAAGCCACCUAGUCAAGGCCGUGGGGUGGCACGUGCAAAUGCAGCAGCCGUCAGCAGCUCAUCUACAGCAUACCCGGCGUCAGACUCCUUCACCUCCACUCUUUCUCCGUCUUCAAGUGGACAAGUUUUCACGGCAGCAUAGUGGAAAGCUAUCAUGGGUUUCUUUGAUCAUUGAUACAGGUGCAACUCAUCAUGUCAUUGGAGAAAAAUCUUGGUUGUUUGUCAUUAAAAAUAUACAUUGCCCUAUGGGUUUGCCAAAUGGUGAUACUGUAGUUGCUAAUAUGGAGGGAUCGGUUUAUUUGUCAGCUACGAUCACUCUACAUCACGUUCUAUAUGACCAAAUGAAGGCCCUGAUUGGAACGGGAGUUAGGCGGGAUGGACUAUACUACUUCAGCAAAUCGGAGGUGGUAUCUGUAGUUGAAGCUACAUCUGAUGUGGAGUUGUGGCAUAAAAGAAUGGGGCAUCCUUCCGAGAAAGUAGUUAAGUCACUUCCGCAUGUCAGUAGAUCCAGGAGUAGUUUGAAUAAAAAUUGUGAAGUCUGUUUUCGUUCUAAACACCAUAGAGACAAGUUUCCUUUAAGGCUGUAUGGAUUUAUUUACUGA